AUGCAGUGGGCGUUGAUCACUCUGGCAGGAGCCCUGAGCUUCUCAGGAGUAUCAGCUCUUAUUGACUCAGCAAUCGAUACCAAGGUCAUCGCGCAUCCACGAGCACACCUUUACGGUACAGGUAAUAUCGUGAACACUGUCGCACAGCAGUUCGAGGAGCGUAAUGCUACAACACCAAACCUCGACUCCCGCUCUUCUCACCACCUAUUACCUCGGCAAGCGGCAGGCCGUUGCGGUGCUGAGUUCAGCAAUCAGAGAUGUGGUGGUAAUCAAUGCUGCUCAAGUUAUGGUUACUGCGGAUCAGAGUUCGAGCACUGUGGCAUCAUUGUCGGAUGUCAGCCUGACUUUGGAAGGUGUGGUGAUGCAGCACCAGGGCCAACCACUACGCCAACGCCAACUCCCACGCCUCUGCCGCCAACAAGCUCAGUCACUGUCCCUUCAAGCUCGUCGGCUCUACCGCCGCUGCCCUCCGGUACUCUGAUUCCCUCCACGAAUGGGCAAUGCGGAAACGUAACAACAUGUGCGGGCUCCGUCUUCGGAAGUUGCUGCUCGGAGUACUAUUACUGCGGCAACUCCCUUGACUUCUGCGGCACUGGGUGUCGCCUCGGCUUUGGAAGUUGUGGUGGUGUGGCACCACCACCGCCGCCGGGCUCUUCUUCCUCGAUCCCUAUCCCUGUUCCUCCUAGCAGCUCCUCAACCAGGCCAUCGCCCACUCCUACUCCCACUCCAACAACGACACCAACGCCUAGCCCAACCUCUUCUGCGGCACCUAUUCCGACCAAUGUCAGUACCAACGGACGGUGUGGAGCAGAUGGGAGUGGCCAGACUUGUACGGGCAGUACUUUCGGGAGAUGCUGUUCGAGCUAUGGAUGGUGUGGCAAUGGGCAGGAUGACUACUGUAGAUUGUCGUGGGGUUGCCAGCCGCAGUUCGGGACAUGCGGCUAG